GAGACAAUGAGCUUCUGCUGAGGCUGAUUGCCAACCUGAACAUGCUGAUGAGAGAUGAGAGUGUGAAUGUGGUGAAGAAGGCCAUUCUGACAUUCACUCAGCUAUACAAAGUGGCUUUACAGUGGCUGGUGCGCACUAAGAGUGUCGAGGACAUGCAGGAGCCAUGCUGGGAUAUGGUGACCCAGAUGAAAGAGGAUGUUCUGGCAUUGCUAGACUCCGAUAACGACGGAGUUCGCACUCACGCCAUCAAAUUCACUGAGUCCCUCAUCAUCACUCUGUCACCACGGACACCUGACUCUGAUACGCCCAAGAAACAGGAGGGAGACAUCAGCCUGGACAAAAUCCCCAAAGACCACACGUAUAUUCGUUAUG